AUGCAAUACUUUAAUCUUCUUACUACCGGCGCUGGCCUGUUCGGCACCGGCGUUCUGGCUGCCCCAAGCCCAGCAGUUGACAGCAUUUUCCGCCCAGGCGAGUGCUUUUCUGCAGAGACAACUGCGCGCCUCUGCUACACGGCGCCUAAAAAUACGCCACAGGACGUCUCGGUUGAUGAUAUUAAGUUCGCCGCGACCUACCUCCGGUCGUACGGCCGUCAGAAGAAUGCUCUUGUACUUUUGGAAAAGUAG